CAUGUGAUGUUUUCUCUUCAUUUCAGGUCCUAUGCAGAGUCAGAUGCAGUUCCCCUCUGGCUAUGGCUCACAUCUUCCAAACUACAGUGCGCCUUCAGGACACUAUUCCCAAGUGCCCAAUAAAGCUGCUGCUUCACAUCUGGAUAAUCAGUACAGAGCCAGUUACUACCCUGGUUACUAUUCAGCACCAGCACAAAAUGUUAUGACAUCUGUGGGUAGCAACGUGUUGAAUGCACAGGAGUCACAUCAGUUGUACAACAACACUCCUCCCCAUUCAGGGGGCUCUGGUGACAGACCUGUUCAAGGAGCAGUAUCGUCUGCAUCCUACUUGCAUGUGAGUGCUCAGCAGUCAUAUUCAGCAUUUGAUAAUCACUACAGCACUUCUGUCAGCUCUUCAGUUGCAUCUCAGGGAUUUCCCCUUAAUUCUGAUCACUACGCUAUGCCCGUGGUUUCUGGUGCCAUGUAUCCUAAUGUUUCCUAUCCUCCCAUGGCUGCUGGAGGUGUGUAUGGGCAGACAUUUACCUCUCAGAGUCUACCUGCUGUUGGACAGUUCAAAGAGACAAAUGCAUUUUCUAGCCAGAGUACAUCAGUACCUCAUUCCCUUCAACAGCACGUUCCCGUGGGAUAUAAUACAACAUUAUCAACUGCUUCAUCUGCUCAGGCUGUGCAAGACAACCUCAGCAGGAAUCUCACCGGAUCGGUUCCCAAAGUAAACAACCAAAUAAAUACAGGUGGCAUUGAUUCUUCACAGCCCGUGCACUCAGUGAGCCAGAAUGUUCCAUUUACCAAGCCUGGAGUUGGAACAUCUGCUUCCUCUGCUGUGAUGUCGUCAGUAAGGUCACCUGCUCCAAGCCUGUCUUCAAAGCCAUCAUCUUCACCAUCUGUUACACAGUCACCAGAGCUGGCCCUUCAGGAAGGCAUGCAGUAUGGUGGAUAUGUUAAUAAUCAAGCUAGCUCUGCACCAGCUCCCUUGUCAUCAAGUUCAGAUGAUGAGGAAGAGGAUGAGGAGGAUGAGGAAGCAGCACUUGAUAGUUCCUCUACUACAAGCAGUGCCUCUCCUGUUCUGAACAAUUAUGAUGCUCUGGAAGGAGGUGGCUAUCCAGAGACACGUUCUGUGACUAGCAGCCCAGUUCCCUCUCCAUCAGUCCUCCAAACAUCAAAAGCUUCUAAGCCCUUUGGUUAUGGAUAUCCAGCACUGCAGCCAGGCUACCAAAAUGCAACACCACCUACUCCUGUGCAGCCCAGUAAUCCAGGACACCAUUCUGGUUUUCAGCACUAUGCACAGCAAUAUCCAGGUGUGAACCAGCUGUCCUCUUCCUUAGGAGGAUUAAGUCUACAGCAUUCUCAGCAGCCAGAGAGCUUGAGACCAGUAAACCUUACACAUGAUAGGAAUAUUUUACCGGUGUCUUCAGUUCCAGCACCUGUGCCUAAUUUGAAUUCUGAUCUUAGGAAAUUAAACUGCAGUCCAGACUCGUUUCGAUGUACAUUGACAAAUAUUCCACAGACACAGGCUUUGUUAAACAAAGCUAAACUUCCUUUGGGUUUGUUGCUGCAUCCCUUUAGGGACCUGACGCAAUUGCCAGUAAUAACAUCAAGCACAAUAGUGAGAUGCAGAUCCUGCAGGACUUACAUCAACCCUUUUGUUUCUUUCAUCGAUCAAAGACGGUGGAAAUGCAACCUGUGCUAUAGAGUUAAUGAUGUUCCUGAAGAAUUUAUGUAUAAUCCUCUGACACGGUCUUAUGGUGAGCCUCACAAACGGCCAGAGGUGCAAAAUUCUACAGUGGAAUUCAUUGCUUCUUCAGACUACAUGCUUCGUCCUCCUCAGCCUGCGGUAUAUUUAUUUGUUUUAGAUGUGUCUCAUAAUGCAGUGGAGGCUGGAUAUUUGACAAUACUCUGCCAGUCAUUGCUGGAAAACCUAGACAAGCUGCCUGGAGAUUCAAGGACAAGAAUAGGGUUCAUAACGUUUGACAGCACUGUUCAGUUUUACAACUUGCAAGAAGGUUUAUCACAGCCUCAGAUGCUGAUUGUCUCAGAUAUUGAUGAUAUUUUCUUACCUACACCAGAUAGUUUACUUGUAAAUCUCCAUGAAAGCAAAGAGCUGAUAAAAGAUCUAUUGAAUGCAUUACCAAAUAUGUUCACCAAUACAAGAGAAACACACAGUGCAUUGGGCCCUGCUCUUCAGGCUGCAUUUAAACUGAUGUCUCCAACGGGUGGUCGGAUCUCUGUGUUUCAAACUCAGUUACCGUCUUUGGGAGCGGGGCUUUUGCAUUCCAGAGAGGAUCCAAAUCAAAGGUCAAGCACAAAGGUGGUCCAGCAUCUUGGUCCAGCAACAGACUUUUAUAAGAAGUUGGCACUGGACUGCUCCGGCCAGCAGACUGCUGUGGAUUUAUUUCUCUUAAGUUCACAAUAUUCUGAUCUAGCUUCUCUGGCUUGCAUGUCCAAAUAUUCUGCUGGAUGCAUCUAUUACUAUCCAUCUUUCCAUCGUAGCCAUAAUCCUGCUCAGGCUGAAAAGUUGCAGAAAGACCUGAAAAGAUACCUUACAAGAAAGAUUGGAUUUGAAGCAGUUAUGCGCAUAAGAUGUACAAAAGGUCUUUCAAUACACACUUUCCAUGGGAAUUUUUUUGUACGAUCUACUGAUUUACUGUCCCUUGCCAAUGUCAAUCCUGAUGCUGGAUUUGCAGUACAAAUGUCCAUAGAAGAAAGUCUGACUGACACAUCUUUGGUUUGUUUUCAAACAGCUCUUUUGUAUACUUCCAGUAAAGGUGAGCGUCGAAUUCGAGUGCACACACUUUGCUUGCCCGUAGUGAGUUCCCUGUCUGAUGUGUAUGCAGGAGCAGAUGUACAAGCAGUUGUGUGCCUCUUAGCAAACAUGGCUGUGGAUCGCUCCGUUUCAUCCAGCCUUGCAGAUGCAAGAGAUGCCUUAGUCAAUGCCGUGGUGGACUCCUUGGCAGCAUACAUGUCAACUGCCUCAAAUCUGCAGCAGUCCAUGCUGAUAGCUCCAAAUUCCCUCAAGCUUUUCCCACUCUAUAUUUUGGCUCUUCUCAAACAGAAAGCCUUCAGAACAGGCACAAGUACACGCUUGGAUGAUCGUGUCUAUGCAAUGUGCCAGAUGAAGAGCCAGCCUCUUGUUCAUCUGAUGAAGAUGAUACAUCCCAAUUUGUACAGAAUAGACAAGUUGACUGAUGAGAGUACAAUACAUGUAAAUGACAGAGUUGUUCCUCAGCCACCCCUUCAGAAGUUGUCUGCAGAGAAGUUGACAAGAGAAGGAGCUUUUCUUAUGGAUUGUGGUUCGAUUUUUUACCUUUGGAUUGGAAAAAACUGUGAUAACAACUUCAUAAAAGACGUCCUUGGGUACCCGAAUUAUGCAUCAGUGCCACAGAAAAUGACACAGCUUCCUGAGGUGGAUGCACCUUCUUCAGAAAGGACACGAUCUUUUAUAUCUUGGCUUAGAGAUAGUAGACCUUUAAGUCCAGUUCUUCAAGUAAUAAAAGAUGAGAACCCUGCCAAAACAGAUUUUUUUCAGCAUUUAAUUGAGGAUCGGACAGAAGCAGCUUUCUCGUAUUAUGAAUUCCUACUUAAUAUUCAGCAGCAGAUUUGUAAGUGACCAAGGAAGAGGUAGAGGAAAAACUCUGACUUCAGACAGAAGCAUGGGCCAAGAGAACCAUAUGGGAAGUUACAGAAGUGGAUGCUUGUUCUUCACAAUACACAGUGACCAGCACUGUUUUGGAAGCUUUACAGCUAAAGGAGUAUACAUUUCCAAAAGAAUUUUGCAGAUUUCCUUCAGUCUAAAAGUGCUACGAGUGAUGAAGCUGUUUCACUAGUGAACUUUAAAAUUGGUUUGUACACGUUUCCAGUUGUGCAGCGGUAUGGUGCUCUGUUUAUUGCAAGCUGGUGAAUUUAUGUAGCUAUGUGGGAUGAUAUUUCUUAACAAAACGUACAAUUAGGUAAAGCCUUUUUUCUUACAUUUGUUAUAGUAGCCCUUCCAGAUCCAAAUCCUUAACAGAGAUGUCAAAGGGCAGUGAUGUAUGUUGGUUGUUUAUAUGAAUUUCUUUUUAAAAGGAAUGGUUCAUACUUGCUAAAGACUUCAGCAAAUUCCCUGUGAAAGUUGUAGAGUUUCAGUAAAGUAAAUCAAUUGUAGAAAUAAAAUAUAUAAUGUACAUAGCUAUUACAUUUGUAAAGAAAAUGUAAAAAAUGUAACUAAAAAAAGACCUAGCUCAUUGUGCAGAAUUGUUGAGUGCUCGAUGAUGAUGAAUUGUUUUGUCCCAGGCUAGACAAUGAAGUUGACUAUUAAAACAUGAUAAAAGUAUCAAUGUAGAA